AGCAAGUACCAGUCUAUCGCGGAAGGCGAGGUAGACUUUUAUUUUAAACUCGUUUGUUGACAUUUAUAUUGUAUUUCACCAGUGCAACUACUAUGCCAAGUAUAAAAUCGGAAAAUUCGACACAGGAUGUUGCUAUCGAAUGGGACGAGAGCGACAUUUGGGUCGAUGAACAAGAUCCGGACGUGAAACAUUGCAGGAGGUGUGUGGUUGACGGCGUCACGGUAACGGUCGGCGACUGCGUCUGCAUCCUGAACGCGGACGCUCCUGGGGACAAGCAGCACGAGAAAUGCUUUAUCGGACGCGUCGAGGAGAUCCACGACAAUGCCGCAGACGACGGCGAGCUGUCGGCGGUCGUGGCGUGGUACUGGCGGCCGCACGAGAUUCCGCGGAGGAUGUGGAAGCUGCUACCUUCGCCAGGGGGCGCCGGGCCGCGAGAGGUCUACAUGAACACGAGCAGAUGCUCUCUCGAGGCGCGCACCGUCGCCGUGGAAACCAUCUUCAAGAAGUGCGAGGUGGUGACCCUGCCGUAGCACAGAAAUGUGAUGCCUGCAG